CAGUGCCGAAUUGCCAUUGUCAACGCGUACAAUAGGAUCGAUUGAAAGACGUGCACACAAAGGCCACACGUUUCUUACACGCCAAACGGCAUUCUCCGCCAACGCCCGGGACCCAAAGCUCAGGAAGUAUACAGUGUGUCACGCGAGGAACGUCCGCCGGCUAAUAGCACGUUCAUUCUGCAGCACGACCAAUUGAGAAUAUCGUUGGCGAGCAGUUCCACUUAAGCGUGAAGUGCAACUGCAGAUGCCUGACACGCAGGAUCCAGAAGGGCAGGUAAACUUUUUAGUUUUUUUACUGAAGGCGCACGUCCGCGAAACUGAAUGGAAUGCUUUAGAAGUAAAGGCGGGCAAUCGAGGAACAUUCAUGGCAGCAAGUUCUUGGUGCGAAACUUUCAAGCUUCAUAAAUUUAUGAGACGUUGACAGUCUGCUUUCUACGUCUGCAUUUUAGGUUCGCCUUACUGGUUUACAGGCUGUAGUUACGACCGAUAAGAAGCAUUGAAAACUGCAUGUUCUGCCGAUGUGUGGUUCUCUUGGGAUGCAUCACGAUUUCGUGAUCUCGACAAGAGGGAAACGUGGAAGGCAUGGCUUCCUUACCUUGCGACUACGUACCAUGGUAUACGCAACAUUAUCUCACAAAGGUUGCUCUCGUGAUUUUUGUCACGGCGCUUCCUGUAACUGCUAACAAAAUGGACACCAAAUUGAACCAAGCCGGUUGUGGCGAAUUGGGGUCAAAAGGAAGGAUAUACAACGGCAAGCCAACCUCCAAGGAGAACAUGCCGUGGAUAGUUCAACUUCGUAUCAUUUAUGAUCUUUCGUCGGGUCGUGAAUUCUCAUGUGGCGGGAGCAUCAUUACAAGGAACCUUAUUCUGACUGCGGCGCACUGCUUGUUUAAUGGCGCCUUUCCGCUAAAGGUCGUGGUGUUGUACAGUUCCAACCUGUAUGACGAGGGUAAAUCACUUCCAGUUGAAAAGAUGAUGCUGCACCGAAAAUUCGUAAACAAGUUUGAGAUCCGCCAUGACGUCGCACUUCUUCAACUGGCAGGGGACCUGGUAUUCGGCAGACAGGUUAAACCAGUAUGCCUGCCUACAGCGAAAAUGGACAUUGCAGGAAAGACUCUUGUAGUUGCCGGCUGGGGAGCAACAGAAUCUGCGAACAGUAGCAAAAUUCUUCGGCACGCAGAAGUUGUUGCUCGCACAAAUGAUGAGUGCCAAGCAUUAUUACGAAGAGUAAAACAUCCCUUCAUGCGACGCACCCUGCAUCCUGGUCCCGCAAUUUGUGCUUCCGGCGAGAACAAGGACAUUUGUCGGGGGGAUUCAGGCGGACCGUUAACGCUCACGAACGACGAUGGAAGAACACUGCAAGUCGGAGUUGUUUCGACUAGUUUGGGGUGCCCAUCCAACAUAGCGGGAUUGUACGCGAGUGUUUUCAGCCACAUCAAGUGGAUUCAAAGAGCCCUGAACCGCCCCAGAAAGUGGAGAAAGCUCGUGUAUACCCGGAACGAAGUGAACCUCGACUAGGCAAAAUGUGGAUCUUCCAUUGUAACAUUUUUGAAAAGUCUACUUGGAAUUGUCGGCUAAUUGGGCAGUUAUGUGUAUAAGAACAGCGCUAAGACGCCGAUAAUAUAACCCCGUUCACCCUCCCUACUCCUUGAAAAAAAAAAAAAAAAGAGGCGAUGCUGAAGCCCAGUUUAUUAAAAAAGCUGUUUAUUCCACGCAAUACAAGAGCUCGCGGCGCCAAGUGGUGUAGUUUUUUACUGUUCUAAUUUAGGAAACGGCAGCAGACCCGCUAGGAGGCUGCAUUGGAGAGCUAUGGGCGAUCUCGGAGUGGAUGGAGUUCAACAACGAUAAUUGAAAUAUCAAGCUUCACAAAGUGGUUGCUUGGGCGAGUUGUAAUAUUUCAGUCAUGACGUCGAUCUGCGCGCUUCGUAAAACAAGUGACAAGAAACAAAAGAGGUAACCCGGAUGCAGCGCUGUCGUCCAGCAAAUUUUUUUAUUAGACAACCGUAGGCUUAUAUGCGGGCAAAUGAGAACAGGAAACAAAGGACAAAAAAACCAACAAGGCUUUUAAAAUGUGACACGCGCUAAGAAACACGCGGGGGAUGGAAUUCACGAAUCAUGACGUCACUGGGACAGGGUGCUAACGCUCGCCCAGGUACACCUUGCCUGAUACGGAAGUUAGCGCGUUCAAACGUUUCCAAACAAGGUGCACUGCGUCGUUCACGUGGUAUAUCGUCGCUUGCGCCGCAUCUGUCGCUGCCUUGUCCCCGGCGUUC